GACACAGCUUCAUUAGCAAAAGCAACAUCGUGAACUCAGGACGCGAAGUCACAAUCCUUCUUCUGAAGAAGCUGAGUAGAUAGCUUCAAAGAUGCCAAGGGGAGGCUUAAAAGAGGAGCAAUUGAGUAAGGAAGGGUCACGGUAUUUCAGCUACAGAGACCCUGAAGACUUUUCUUUCGAUUUCACAAAGUCUAGACCAUGGACAGAGAAUGGUCGCAUCGAAAGACAUGUGCCUUGCGGUGUAUGGAAGUCUCCGAUGUAUCUCAAUCCAAGCGUGUACCCCAACAGGAAUGUGCUGCGGUUUCCAACACGACCGCAGACUGGCAAAAAUGUGCGGUGGGGGGAAUUCAAAGGAAAACCCCAAUUUGUUGAGAAGUGUGUCGAUUCCCUGGAGAAAACUUUCGAUGCUCGUGAUAAAUUUGCCACCCGACGCCCGCCACAGUACACAAUUAAGCCACAGAAAGUUGACAAGCCUGGCCCUUGUUUUCAUCGGGCGUUGCACAAAGCUGUUGCUUCGGGAGAUAAAAACCACAUUUGCAGAAUCGUAGAUCCAGAGGGCCGAAUCUAUAGGAAGAAAGGAGGGCACUGGCUGUGCAGAAAAUGGACGGAGCGAUCGCAGCCUCGCGAUCUUGUCAAUCACACCAUAAAAGAAUGGGAGGACAUGUUGAAGGACGAGGCUGUCAGAGAAGCCAGAGCAGAGGCCAAGUUCCAGAAGCUGAUGCGAGACGUUUUUAGUGGCAUGAAAGGGAAGAGCGGUGUGAUGAAGGACAUGACUGGGUUGCUCACUCGUGAAAAACACAACCAUGACGACAAACAAGCGGCCAUGUUCAAGCAGUGGGAGCAACACGUGUUUCACAAUAUCCAGAAUCAGAUCGCCAAAAAGCUCGAGAAAUUCACACCCGACCAAAUAUCCAAAAAACUUCGUUACCAGCAGAUGCGGUACGCCAAGGCAGUUGACGAAAGGAGAAUUUUCCGAGACAUCGUAAACGAAAAAUAUGAUCCUUUUGAGUUGGAGCAUGCUGGGGUUCACUACAACACCAAAACGCUUCUGGACCCCAUGAAGCAUGACUUGGGAAAGGAGAAGAGGGAAAAAGGAUUUUUUGGUGAGCCUGUUUUCCACCAGGCGCGUACCAAGGAAACCUUAGAUCCAUUCUACUGGACUUACGAUCAAUUCCGGACUACAGUGCAUGGUCAUUUAAAUGCCGAUGACGAAGACUUUACAUAUAAGACAAGAGAAAUGAAUCUGAAAAAUGGCAUUCCAAACCCGUACCUUGGAAUGGUACAUGGGGUGACGAACACUGGAAUGAAGCAUUCCCGCUGAGAGGAAAAUGUCUCUACGUGCCAAGACCACUAGACGGCUGCGAGAGGAAUUGGCGAAUUGGAAAGGGUCAAGUGAAAGAGAGUCCAGUGAAAAACUACCCCAAACUCCAAAUUUCAACGGGGGGCACUUCGUUCUAAUUCCCUGUCCAGCUUUCUGAUGCCACUUAACAUACACGAAUUUGAAUGGGCAGAGAUAGACAAACUCUAUUCUCCUAGAAUGCACCAAGAAAAGUCAUGUAUCCAGCAAGUAUUUCAGCGAAGUACAUCUUUUAAUCUAGAUUAGGUUAGAUUAGAUAACGUAAGGUAAUUGAACGGAAUUGUAGUGAAGGUGAAUUUAAUUCAAGAGCAAAUAUAAUUGAAACAUGUCAA